AUGCCCAGUCAAAAAUUGGAAGGUUCAGCCCUUCCUCCCUCUCCACCUACUUCAUUAGAGGGAGAAUUCCACUCUACCUACCCACCUACAUACGGCCUGAUUGACAACAGCAUGGAGCAAUUUCCGAUGGCUGCAGAGUUUGACCCGAGCACCCCACCCCAGAUGCUAUAUGGCUCUCCACCGCAAUAUUACUCGCACAUUCCUACUUCACACCCGAUCCCAAUAAUGCCUAAUAACCAGGCUCAUACCCCACACAUCAUGGGGGCAGAUCUUCCAAUGAGGGUUCAAUCUGCAUCACCCCCAUACUCGCCGUCACCUUCUCGAAAAAGCUCAGCUAGAAGCAAAGCUAGAGCCAUUCGCUCCCCAAAAGAGAAGCGUGGCCGUAGCCACAGAAAUACUGCGAGUGGACCGAAGGCAAGGAUCGCCCUUCCAGGGCCUCUGUCCGAAAUUACCGCCAAUUUCGCAAAUGUCCCAGUCCGGGAUAUGGAGGCCCACGUGAACCGACCAACACCGACUCGGCUCGAAGAGGCCAGAGUGAGAGGGCUGAGCGGAAACAAGGCAGUUGCUCGCCCCAUGAAUGCCUUUAUGCUCUAUCGAUCUGCCUACACAGCUCGUUGUAAGGAGUACUUGGGCAUGGAAAACCAUCAAGAGAUUUCCAGGGCUAUAGGUGCGAGUUGGCGGCUGGAGUCGGCACACUUCAAAGACCAGUUCAACGAAUGGUCGCGCAUUGAGCGAUCAAACCAUGCAAUCGCUUUCCCCGGAUACAAGUUCCAGCCUAAAAAGGACACUGGAGUGGCGCGACGAACAGAAAUUGAACUUACUCCUCCUCGUUCUUCUGUCUCGGUGGCUGGUACUCUGGGUAGUCCUUCUGACUGGGAUGACCUUGAGCCUGAAUUCUCACUGGCACCACCCCACUUGCAUCGCCGCACACAGAGCUAUGAGAUCUCUAGCCGAUCUUCAACUCCAUUUGAUGGUUACCACCACCACCCACCAAUCCUCACAUCAAGCUAUCAUCCUAGCUGGAACACGAGCUUUCCCUCGCAGAGUCUCCCAGCCAGCUUGCCUACUAUCCACCCCGGCAUGCUACAAGACUCCAGCUUUGACAGCGACGUGAAAUAUGAUAUUCACGGACUCCAGGAUAUGCCCAGUGGAAUUAAUGGAAUCCCUGGCGGUAGUCAUGACGAUCUCUGUCAAACUUCUCAGCCUCCUCCGAUCCACCUCAACAAUGAGCACAUGGAUCCGCUGCUGCUGCAGUACAAUCAGAAUCAUCAAGGCACCUAUGAACAUGCCGCUAUAUCGCCGGCUAAUAUCUACGGCUUUGAAGAUGCCAGUUACAUCUCCACUUCGAUGCCCUCUGGCCACUCUAGCCCGGCGGCUUACAUCGGAGAGUCAUGGGAAUACAUGGAUAACCCGGCUCCUCUAAGCUUCUAA